UUGCGGACUCUCUCGCUCUUUAUAUAUGAAUUAUGAAAGCCUGAAGAGAAUGUACGAUUCACGAAAUCAUUGUGAAGAAUUGGUUGGGGAAAGAAGGCAGGGAGAGUGAGUGAGUGAGGGAUGGCAGCGGUGGCGGAGAAGAGGGAUACCCCAGUGGUAGUGGUGGCGGAUAGACAUGCACUGUCGACGGAGGCGGCUCUUGCGCCAGUCACAAUCGAGCGGCCGGUUCGGAACGACUUGGAAAAUUAUAUUCCAAAACCUUAUGUGGCGAGAGGGUUGGUUGCCCCUGACAUGGAUCAUCCAACUGGAACACCAGGCCAUAGGCAUCACAACAUGAGUGUUCUUCAACAGCAUGUAUCCUUUUUUGAUCAAGACGACAAUGGCAUUGUUUAUCCUUGGGAAACCUAUACUGGUCUGCGGGCAAUUGGCUUUAACAUGAUUGCCUCUCUUAUAAUGGCUGUUGUUAUCAAUGGAGGUCUAAGCUAUACUACUCUUCCGGGGUGGAUUCCUUCUCCGUUCCUCCCUAUAUACAUCCACAACAUACAUAGGUCCAAGCAUGGGAGUGACUCUGGAACGUAUGACACAGAGGGAAGGUACAUGCCAGUGAAUCUUGAGAACAUAUUUAGCAAAUAUGCUCGCACAGUGCCCGACAAGCUCAGUCUGGGAGAGCUGUGGGAGAUGACAGAAGGCAAUCGAGUUGCAUUUGAUAUCUUUGGGGGGAUUACAAGUAAGUUGGAGUGGGGGAUCUUGUAUAUCCUUGCCCGGGAUGAGGAAGGUUUCUUAUCUAAGGAAGCCGUUAGACGCUGCUUUGAUGGAAGUUUGUUCGAGUACUGUGCCAAGAUGCAGGUGGGAGCUGAAGAGAAAAUGAGUUGAAGCAAUUGUUGCUUUCUAGUUCAAUCUGAUUACUGUAGUUUGUUUUAUCAUCAAAGAUGGUCUCUAGUAUCCUCGUAAUGCUCAGUUAUCGGGUCUGUAAGUUUCACGAGAAGCCUACUGACCUAGCUGUAUAGUGUAUAUGUGGUAUCAUUUCGACAUUUAGUGUAAUGAUUUAGACUGGUUGCCUGGGAACAAAAAACUUCGACAGAAGAAAUAAUGCUUGCACUGUUGUUUGCAGUUUUAUAUGUUCAUUUCCCUCCCG